ACGGGAAACUGUCAGUUCCGAUUUGACGUUUCUCACCAUCAUCGCGAGAUUGGAACGAUUCCCGUUUUUCCCAGCUGUGUGGAGCACUUUCCAUUCGAUUUAUCAAAUUUUACCCAUCGCAAAAUGCGUCUAUCAUUGCUCCGGGCUGCCCGUUUGAACCCCGCCGUCAAGGAACUCCGUCUGCACCUGUGUCAGACCGGCGAGGAAUCCAAGGGAGUACGGGAUUUCGUCAGCAGCGGGUAUGCUCAACUCAAGCGCGAGAAUCCCAAGCUGCCGAUUCUGGUUCGCGAAUGCAGCGGUGUCCAACCGAGACUGUGGGUGCGCUACGAAAUGGGCAAGGAGAAAUCGGUUACCCUGACCAACGCUGGCGCCGCCGAUGUAGCAAAGCACAUUGCCGAGCUGGGCAAGUAGACACUGCAAAUCGGGGGUCUAUCAAUUAUAUAAGGUUUGUCGGAAGAGUGAAUAAAUAAAUUAAAAUUGUCACUGAAGUUCUUAUACUUUCUUUCACAUAGAAAUACAACGGCUAGUAACUUGCUAAA